AUGAAACAGCGGAAAAAAGAAGAUGGUACACCUGGUUUACUCAAAGUAGGUUGGUACAAGAAAAACAAUUUACGCCAUCAUUACCGUGAUUUUCAAGAUGGUGCUACGAGUAGUAAGGGUAUACUUACAAAAGCUCGACGAAUACAAGGAAAAAUUCAUGAACGGGCGUCUAAACCAAUGCGUCAUAAAAUUUUACCGUACAUGAAGUUAACAGAACACGUAAAAUUAAUUAGAUACGACCUUUUGAUAAUAUUAUUCGGAAACGAAGAAUGUACAAAAUACAGAAAGCGUAAUUUAGCACAGAUGAUUCGUGCAAAAUUGAGCUUAAUAGCUCGUUUUCUUCUUUUUAUCAAAAAAAUAGAAGUUUCUAUUACUGAUUUUGCUUCAAUUUAUGACCCCAAGCAUUAUUAUAAGGUUAUUGACGCUAUUCAUCAGUUUGCAGAGCUUGAUGAAGAGACAGGUUAUUAUAAAAUACCUUACAGAGCAUCAGAAUUAACCACAAAUAUUAAUAAAAGGGGACUUAUUUUGAUAAAUGAGUGUAUUAUUAAUGAUGAUCUUGAGAAAAAAUCAAAAGUUGAAAAUUUCUUAUCUUUGUGCAAACAAGGAUUUGCUAAUGUUGUUAAUCGAAUGGUUGAAGAAACACGAAUUAUGCUACAGCGUAAAAAAGAAACAGAGCUCCCUUUAAUUGCUGACAUUAAUCGUUUUUCUAAAUUUUUAGAUAACAGGAUCGAUGAAAAUAUUGAAGUUUUAUCCGAAAAAUUUUUGAGGAGGGCGUGGCGUGACCUUGCUGAAGCAUGUCUUAUUCAAUUACAAUUAUUUAAUAGAAAACGAGCAGGAGAAAUGGAUAGAUUUGAGUUAGACGAUUAUAAUAAAAUGAAAUUCAUCACAGAAAAAGAAGAAGGGUACAGAUCAUUAUCAAAAGAGGAAAAACAAAAAGCAAAAGAGUAUGGACAUACGGUUAUUCAAGGAAAGCUUUACAAAAGCGUACCUUUACUAUUGAGCGCAAAGGUUCGUGAUGGAAUCAAUGUUGUUAUUAAAUAUCGGAAAGAAGCUCAUAUUUCAUCUAAGAAUCCUUUCGUCUUUGGUAUUUCUGGGUACUAUAAAGAUGCUCAUUUAUGUGCUAGUAACGUUAUGAGGAAGUUAUCCGAGUUGUGUGGUGCAAAGAAGCCUGAGUUGCUUCGAGGGACACCGCUUCGAAAGCAAAUGGCCACAAAAUGCUCUGAAAUGCAACUAGAUUUGACACAAACGUCGACUAUCUUGGACAUGAUGUACUUGUCCACAAGAAAGUAUACCAGCAACGUGCUAAAACUGAUAUUUUGA